AGCACCUCUCCAGGAGACCUCUGCGGCGCCCAGAACCUGCCACCCGUCUUUCGCAUGCCGUCAGGCAAUCUCAACGGCCAGCCCGGCCGGCUGUGUGACGUCACGAACUCGGGGUCCUCGGCGCCCUCUUCCCGCUCCUAUAAAAGCUGACGCCGCGCGGCGCUGCUGUAGUGGCCUUGUUCUCGAGACUUCUAUUCGGUUGUGAACUCUGUUCGGCAGCCUCAGGCCUGCGGUCUUGAGACCGAGCACGAUGCCUACGAUAAAGUUGCAGAGUUCUGAUGGAGAGAUAUUUGAAGUUGAUGUAGAAAUUGCCAAACAAUCUGUGACCAUUAAGACCAUGCUGGAAGAUUUGGGAAUGGAUGAUGAGGGAGAUGAUGAUCCUGUUCCUUUACCAAAUGUUAAUGCAGCAAUUCUAAAAAAGGUCAUUCAGUGGUGCACCCACCACAAGGAUGACCCUCCUCCUCCUGAGGAUGAUGAGAACAAAGAGAAGCGGACAGAUGAUAUUCCUGUUUGGGACCAAGAAUUCCUGAAAGUUGACCAAGGAACACUUUUUGAACUUAUUCUGGCUGCAAACUACUUAGACAUCAAAGGUUUGCUUGAUGUCACCUGCAAGACUGUGGCCAAUAUGAUUAAGGGGAAAACGCCUGAGGAGAUUCGUAAAACCUUCAAUAUCAAAAAUGACUUUACUGAAGAGGAGGAGGCCCAGGUACGCAAAGAGAACCAGUGGUGUGAAGAGAAGUGAACUGUGCCUGUCACUGUAACACUAGAAGGGUUGUUCCAAAUGCUAGUUGCACUGCUCUGUUUAUAAUUGUUAAUAUUAGAGAUCAGUAGACAAACACAGCCUUGUCCUCACUGCAUGUGUAGUUCCAGUACAGAUCAGACCUGUGGCUGAGUUUCUUCUAUGAGCAGAAGUUUCCUCUUCCCACCCACCUCCCCAUUACUCUGAAUAAAACCCAACUAUGGGUUCUCUGUGGAAAGUGGCAUUUUGGGCUCUCUCUUUCUGUAAAGUGAUUUCUGCCUCUAGUUCAUUGUCCAGUUAACUUCAGUGAGCCUUUCAAAGUUGGCAUUGUAAAUAAAACAACUUAGAAGUAUGCAGAAAUAAAAUUAACAAAACAUUUGUUCAUGAAUCGGAAACUGGAACAAGGCAACUUGAAGUUAACGGUGCGGAUGUCUUCCGACCUCUAUGCUGCUGGUAAGCUCGUGUGCAGCUGGGCUCUCUUAAUUGGAUCUGAGGCCUUGUUUUGUCUUUUUGGUUUUUUAAUCUUCUCAGCUUUGAAUAUGUUGCCUAGAGACUUAGUUUACUACCCAGUUUGUGGUUUGGGAGGGGGGACUGUAACUCAACAAUUUGUUAGCUUUUCAAUUAAAAAAGACACUUACUUCAUGUGGUAUGUCAUCUUUUUAUCAUUGUUCCCGUACAGGGAAACACUAUUUGCAUGUAAAAAUUAAUUUAACCUUUAACAUUAAAGUGUAUGGUAAAACUCAGAACACAGCCAUCCUAAGUACAAGAUGCUUUUCAAUAAAAAGUAGUACAAUAGGUAGUAAA